UGGCGUCACCACUCAUCCAUAAAAAAAUGAAUGUUAAUAAAAAUCAUAAUCAUGGUUAGUUUAAUUAUAGUAACACCAUGCAGGGCUCAACUUGAACGCUUGUCCAGGACAAGUAGAUUUUUGAAAGGGCAAGUGAAAGCGAAUUAGCCUGAUUAAAACAUCAAUAAGGAAGAAUAACUGGCUAUAUUUGUGAUCACUGUGUCACUUAUUACAAAGUUCAUAUUCUUAUUCUACCUCUAUCAGAAUUCGAUUCGAUAUUAACUCAAGCAGCAGCAGCUAAUCUAGUCAUAGAUGUAGCAUCUGUAAUGACAUGGAAUUGUAUAAUCGAUAUGCAUUUUGUGUUUUACACAUCCAGCGAAAACGAAAGCUGAGGAUCUACAUUUCUAACACCUACACACCUGCCAAACCAGAGGGGGAAGAAGUUGAGAAAGUGGCAUCCUGGGAACUCAGAGUGGAGGGCAAACUUCUGGAGGAUUCUGGGAAACAGAAGAGAAAGUUUUCAUCCUUCUUUAAAAGCCUGGUCAUUGAACUGGACAAGGAACUUUAUGGCCCAGACAACCACUUAGUCGAGUGGCACAGAAUGCCCACAACUCAAGAGACAGACGGCUUUCAGGUGAAGAGACCAGGAGACGUGAAUGUGAAAUGCACUCUGCUUCUCAUGCUAGACCACCAGCCUCCACAGUAUAAGCUGGAUCCUCGUCUUGCUCGACUCCUGGGCGUCCACACUCAGACCAGAGCCAGUAUCAUGCAGGCCCUGUGGCUUUACAUCAAAAACAACAAGCUGCAUGACUGCCACGAGAAAGAAUACAUUAACUGCAACCGAUACUUCAGACAGAUAUUUGGCUGCUCCAGAAUGAGGUUUUUGGAUAUCCCCAUGAAGCUCGCCAGCCUCCUUCAACACCCUGACCCCAUCAUCAUUAAUCAUAUCAUCAGUGUGGAUCCCAAUGAUCAGAAGAAGACCGCGUGUUUUGACAUUGAUGUUGAGGUGGAUGACCCGCUGAAGGCUCAGAUGACCAGCUUCCUGUCAUCAACCACUAAUCAGCAAGAGAUCGCUGCCCUGGAGAUAAAGAUCCAUGAGACCAUUGAAUCCAUCAACCAGCUGAAGACCCAGAGAGACUUCAUGCUGAGCUUCAGUAACAACCCACAGGAGUUCAUCCAGGAAUGGCUCAAGUCUCAGAGCUGAGACCUCAAGUUAAUGACAGACACUGUGGGGAACCCUGAGGAGGAGAGGAGAACUGAAUUUUACCACUCAACCUGGGUCACAGAAGCUGUUGGACGCUACAUUUUUUCAAAGGUCCAGCAGAGGAGACAGGAAUUGGAACAAGUAUUAGGAAUCCGUCUUACUUAAGAGUCAGACUUCAAAUCCGCUGUUACCCGAAGAAUACAUCUGGGAAUAAAGCUUUCUGUUUCAGUUGAAUAGAGGCACUUCAUAUAUAUGUUUUUGGGUGUGAGUAUUGUUUUGAAAUGUUGAACAUAUUGCUCUUUCUUAAACAGCAUGUCAGCUGCAACAUAGUUUAACUGGAACUCUACAGUUGAAGUCAGAAGUUUACAUACACUUUGCUAGUAUUUGGUAGCAUUGCCUUUAAAUUGUUUAACUUGGGUCAAAUGUCUACAAGCUUCUCACAAUAAGUUGCUGGAAUUUUGGCCCAUUCCUCCAGACAGAACUGGUGUAACUGAGUCAGGUUUGUAGGCCUCCUUGCUCGCACACGCUUUUUCAGUUCUGCCCACAAAUUGUCUAUCGGAUUGAGGUCAGGGCUUUGUGAUGGGCACUCCAAUACCUUGACUUUGUUGUCCAUAAGCCAUUUUGCCACAACUUUGGAGGUAUGCUUGGGGUCAUUGUCCAUUGUUCAUUAAAACUAUAUGGGGUCAACUUUCUGGCUGAUGUAUUGAGAUGUUGCUUUAAUAUAUCCACAUAAUUUUCCUUCCUCAUGAUGCCAUCUAUUUUGUGAAGUGCACAAGUCCCUCCUGCAGCAAACCACCCCCACAACAUGAUGCUGCCACCCCCAUGCUUCAUGGUUGGGAUGAUGUUCUUCAGCUUGCAAACCUCAACCUUUUUCCUCCAAACAUAACAAUGGUCAUUAUGGCCAAACAGUUAAUAUUUUGUUUCAUUAGCCCAGAGAUAUUUGUCCCCAUGUGCACUUUGCAACUGUAGUCUGGCUUUUUUUAUGGUGGUUUUGGAGCAGUGGCUUCUUCCUUGCUGAGCAGCCUUUCACGUUAUGUCGAUAUAGGACUCGUUUUACUGUGGAUAUAGAUACCUGUCAACCUGUUUCCUCCAGCAUCUUCAUAUGGUUCUUUGCUGUUGUUUUGGGAUUGAUUUUAAUUUUCGUUCAUCUCUAGGAGACAGAAUGCGUCUCCUUCCUGAGCGAUAUGGUGGCUGCAUGGUCCCAUGGUGUUUAUACUUGUGUACUAUUGUUUGUACAGAUGAAUGUGGUACAUUCAGGCAUUUGGAAAUUGCUCCCAAGGAUGAACCAGAUGUAUGGAGGUCCACAAUGUUUUUUCUGAGGUCUUGGUUGAUUUCGUUGUGAUUUUCCCAUGAUGUCAAGCAAAGAGGCACUGAGUGUGAAGGUAGGCCUUAAAAUACAUCCACAGGUACACCUCCAGUUCAGUACACCUCCUAUCAGAAGCUAAUUGGCUAAUUGUCUAAAGACUUGACAUCAUUUUCUGGAAUAUUCCAAGCUGCUUAAAGGCACAGUUAACUUAGUGUAUGUACACUUCUGACCCACUAGAAUUGUGAUAUAGUCAUAAAAGUGAAACAAUCUGUCUGUAAACAAUUGCUGGAAAAAUUACUUGUGUCAUGCACAAAGUAGACAAUAGUAUAUUGCCAAAAUUAUAGUUUGCUAAUAUUAAAUCUGUGGAGUGGUUAAAAAAAAUUUGUUUUAAUGACUUCAACCUAAGUGUAUGUAAACUUCUGACUUCAACUGUAUGUAUCUUUUUCACUGAAUUCAUUCACGGAGCUUCUCUUGUGUGUUAUGAAAAUGCAAUAUGAAAAACAAAUCAUUGAAUUAAUGUUUGCCUGUUGUUUUUUUGACACGUGUCAUUGCUUUUAUUGCAUCCUGUUCAUUAGGUAUUGUUUAUUUAUAUAUUGUAAAUUUCACAGUAUGAUACACUGUUGUAGUCAGCUAAAACCCUACAGAUAACAACAGAUGUAAAGCAGCAUUUUGCAUAAAAUACUUUUUUGUUUAUAGUAGAAACUGCCAAAUCGAUGUGUGCCGUUUUGUUUCUAAAAAGGGUUUGUACUUCUAGCGCUUAAAGCAAAAGCUAUUUUCUCAUUUAUUUUUAGUUACUUAUGAUUAAGUAGACUAGUAUUGAAAACUAUUUCUUUCUUUCUUUUUUUUUUAAUCACACAAUAUUUUGGAGUUUUCUAUUUGGUCUCUCAGGAAAAUAUGUGCUGCACUAUUCAAGAGCCAUCUUCGCGUGUUUCCAUCCCUAGUGGGAAAUGCAGCACAUUUGGUAGUACAGCUGUUUUAGUUCAGUAUACCAGACUUUUGUUUUCAUCUUUUUUUUUUUUUGGCUGUUAUUUUUAGUGUUCGAAGACGGAACGAUAGUGCUUAGUUGUGCAAAGCCAUCUGUAUAUUCUUAAUUUUCUGGUAUUCAAAGCCAUAUUUCUGACUUUUUAAUUAGUUUAAUAUAGAGUUUAGCAUCUACAUGAAGUUUCAACAUGUGUUGGGAGUUUGAAUUUUGGAUUUAAAAAGUUUUAAGAUUUAAGAAGUGGCCAUUCAUGUUGAUGAAGUCAUUUCUGCUUUUGCGAGUUUUAUUGGCUGCAAGUAGAAUAUUCUGCAUUCAAUACUAGUUAAGCUUUAUGGACAGCAUCGGUGGCAUGUUUUCUGUUGAUUAUCUCUCAGUUAUUUAACAAAGCGGUUGCCCCAUAGACUUCUAGUGUGCUUUUCAGUGGUACGAGUAGAAAAUAUUUUUGUUGUCAAUAGAGCUAAACUUGUAUUCAACCCAGAACAUUUCUUUUAAUGGUUUAAUUUUGUUUUAACCAAAUUUCUCAAAAAGUGUUAAUGCUGAUCUGAAAUGCAACCUUUAAAUGCAAAUUUACCUUUGAGUGGGUUAAGCACUUUUUUCUGUUAAUGGAAUUAAGUGUAUACAACUUAAGUUCUGUUAUAUUUUUAUAUCAAUCAAAUGCUUACCUUUUGCACUUUUUUACUGGAAAUUUGAAUUAUUUUUUUAAACAAUAAAGUUGUUUACAU